AUGCAAGACGCCCUGUACUUUACUAAGAAGGGAUAUGGCCUCAGGAGGGUACUGGUGGAGUCUGGAGUACUGGCAUCCAGCUUGGAGCCAUCGCCUCGGGAGUACGGCGCUGGAGGCACAUACUUCCCCCGAUCCUACUCUUACAACAACCCACCAGCCAGAGACGAUGCCUUCGCGGAGCCACAGGCAUUGGGGGCUGCAGGGACCAGCAAGCAGCCCAAGCAGCACAGGAGAACACAGUCCUUGGACACCAGGCUCAGCAUGCACUCAGGAGACUCCGGGGGAACACCACGCCUCACCCAACUGUCAAUUGGGGGUCGGGCUGGCUCCCUGCAGGCUCCACAUGGAGACCCAUGGGCAGCCUUGGAUGAGGGGGCACCAACUGAGGUGGGCGGGCAGGAUACGCGGCGGAUCAGGCUCGGCCCAGGGGCAGUCAACGAGGGUUAUGUGGGCAACUCCAUUCGAACCGCUAAAUACAACAUCCUCACCUUCCUGCCCAUGUUCCUUUGGACCAUGAUCAAACGGGCGGCCUUAGCAUGGUGGAGCACUGUGUCGCCCUUCUCUCCCUUUGGACCGACCAUCGCUCUGCUAUUUGUGCUACUGGUUGCUGCGGUCAAGGCUAUCAUCGAGGACAAGAAGCGCCACAAGGAGGACCGCCUGACUAACAACAGCACCGCCCACUUAGUGAACCCUGAUGGUAGCGUCAAAGACAUCAAGUGGCACGAGGUGCAUGUGGGCAUGGUGCUGGAGGUGCGCGACAAUGAGAACAUCCCGGCAGACCUGCUGUGUCUGCACUGUACGCACGCCGACAACGUCUGCUUCAUAAAGACUGUGAACCUUGACGGUGAGAGCAACCUGAAGAUCAGGCGACCAGUGGAUAUCAAAGGGGACAUGCCAAAGAGCGCUGUCGAGGCCAAGCAUCUGUUGGGGCUGCUCUCCUGCGAGGUCCCCAACCCAGAUCUGCACAACUUUAUUGGCAACUUCUGCUAUAGACCUGCUUCAGGGCACGAGGUGAAGAAGGUGCCGGUGACGAUCAAUGAGAUUCUUCUGCGCGGUUGCACGCUGAAGAAUUCUGGCUGCACGCAUGGGCUGGUGGUGUACACUGGCCCAGAGUCCCGCAUUCAGAUGAACGCAGCCGAACCCCCCAGGAAAAUCGGCGCAUUCGAUCGCUUCCUGAAUGUGCAGAUUCUGCUGGUGCUGGUGUUCCAGCUGUCCAUCUGCCUGGCCUUUGCCAUAGCGUCCUGGGUGUGGCGCCAGACGCAGGGCUAUGACCAAUACUACCUGGCCAUGGAUGUGUACACGAGCGGCAACUACCAGAACGCCUUUGUCUACAUCAUCAUCCUCUUCAUCACCUUCUGGAUCCUCUUCUCCUACCUCGUCCCCAUCUCGCUCUUCGUCUCCAUUGAGAUUGUCAAAUUUGUGCUGUGCUCGGUGUUCAUUGUGUUCGACCCCCACAUGCGGGAGGGGCCGGACGGGGAGCCGGCGAGAGCGCGCAACAGCGACAUUGUGGAGGACCUGGGAAUGGUAGAGUACGUGUUCAGCGACAAGACCGGCACGCUGACUUCAAAUGAGAUGCAGCUGCGCAUGCUCGCCGUCAAGGGCCGACCCUUCGGCCGCCCUGACUUCAGGUUGGAGGACAGGGCGACGGACAAGCAGAGGGACAAUGUGGUGGAGUUUGACGCGCGCCUGGCUUCAGCCGUGGACGCGGUGCAGCACGCUGGGCUGUGGGAGCGCAUACUCGAGAGCGGCGGCAGCAGCGCCGACGUCCUCUCCCAGCCAGAAUCCAGCAUCCGCCAGGGAAGUGGAGUGGCUGUGGCAGACACAAAUGGGAAUGCGGGGGAGCAGGGCCAGACAGGUUCUGCCAGGAGCGGAGCAGGGUUGCAGGCCCAGGACUCUGCUCAGAGCUUGGCGCAGCCGUCAAACGGCGACCCUCUCACGGCGGCCUCCGCCCCCGGGCAUGACCGACACACAUUGUCAAACGGUGUCAAUGGCGCAGCAGCCUCUUCUGAGGAUGAGAUCCUGAUGGGCUGCCAGCUUCUGGACCUCUGGAUGAACCUGUGUCUCUGCCAUACACUCAUCGUGGAGGAUGUUGAGAAGGGGCAGCCGACUGUGUACCAGGGUCCGUCACCUGAUGAGGUGGCGCUGGUGGAGGGCGGCCGGCUGCUGGGCUUUGAGUUUAGCGUGCACCAGGUGCUGAACGUGCUGGACUUCACGAGCGACCGGGCGUGCAUGAGCAUCAUAGUGCGCGCGCCGGACGGGACGAUCCGCCUGCACAGCAAGGGCUCGGACGCGGCCCUGCUGCCUCGCCUCAGCGCGGACACCGACAAGGGCCUGCUGAAGCGCACCAAUCAGAACUUGCACGACUUCUCUGUCAAGGGUCUGCGUACUCUGGUGCUGGCGACGCGCGUGCUGACAGAGGCAGAGUGGGCGGCCUGGAACGAGGGCUAUCAGGCGGCGGCCGCCAGCCUGGACGGGCGAGAGGCGCGCAUAGCAGCGGAGGCGUCCAAGGUGGAGCGCCAUCUGCAGCUGGUGGGCGUCACGGCCAUCGAGGACAAGCUGCAGGACGGCGUCCCAGAAGCCAUCCAGCUCCUCGUCACCGCCGGCAUCAAGGCGCGCACUCACCGCCAUCCCCUGUCAGUGUGGAUGAUCACGGGCGACAAGCAGGAGACCGCCAUCAACAUCGCCAUCGCGUGCAGGCUGGUGCACCACCCGGACAAUCUCAUAAUCAUCAAUGCGGCAGACUCCAACGAGGCUGCACGCGCGCGCCUGGAGGAAGCCCUGCUGCAGUGCCGCGACCGUAGCUCGGCUGGCGCACACGGCGCUGACGGCAAGGCUAGCGCAGCCUUGGCCGGCCCAGCUGCGGAGAUGGUGGUGGACGGGCGCACGCUGAGCCGCAUCCUGGGCACCAACUCGGAGCCUCUUCUGGCGCAGCUGGCGCACGGCUGCAGCGGCGUGGUCGUCUGCCGCGCAUCGCCCUCCCAGAAGGCCGCAAUCGUGCUCAUGAUGAAGCACUUCCAGGCCCAGCAGCUCUCCGCCGAGGGCGAGGGCGGCGGCAAGGCGGGGUGGAGGAGGUGGCUGGGCUUUGUGAAGAGGCGCGCGCACGCGAGCGUGAGCAUGCGCAUGCUGGCGAUUGGAGACGGCGCGAAUGACGUGGCAAUGAUCCAGGCGGCCGACAUCGGCGUUGGCGUCAUGGGCAAGGAGGGCCGGCAGGCCGUCAACAACGCCGACUUCGCCUUCUCCCAGUUCCGGUUUUUAACGCGGCUGCUGCUGGUGCAUGGGACGCUGGCGGACUACCGGCUGCAGCGGCUGAUCAAAUACUCCUUCUACAAGAACAUCACCUUUGCCUUCAUGUUCUUCUUCUACCAGAUCUUCAACGGCGUCUCCGGCCAGGCGUGGCUAGAUGGGGUGACGGCGGCGUUCUACAACGCGUUCUUCACAGCGGGGCCGGUGCUGUGCUUUGCGCUGUUUGACCGGCCGGUGAAGCACCUGGACACGCUCAUGCGCUACCCGCAGCUCUACAACCGCAAGCGGCCCCUCACCUCCCGCACCUUCUGGAAGACAGGCGUACUCACAGCCAUCACCCAUGCAGCGGUGCUCUUCUUCAUCCCAUACCUGUCGCUGACCACGAACGCGGAGAAGCCGAUCGACAGCGUGUACGCGAUGGGCAAGCUCAUGUUCAUCGGCAUCAUCGGCGUGGUGACCUGGGAGAUCGGCCUCAUCUCCCGCUUCUGGACGUGGCUCUUCAUCCUCGUCUGGGCACUCUCCUACGUCAUCACCUUCCCCUUCCUGCUUGCUCUGGGCGCCCUCUUCGAGCGCAUCGGCUACUAUGACUCCUCCCAUAUUGGCGUGGCAGUGCGGAUCUUCUCGACGCCGGGCUUCUGGAUGGAGCUCAUCCUGGUCUACAUCGUCACCUUCUCAGUGCGCUACCUGGAGCGCGCCGUGCGAUGGCUUUUCUUCCCCAACGACGACAUGAUCCUGGCCGAGGUGGAGGCCGCGCAGGCGGCUUCCGCCGCGCCGCGCCGCCGCCGCCGGCCGAAGAAGGUGCAGAUGGGCUUGCGCAGCGCGCGCAAUGCCGAUGAGGACCAUGACGCGCCAUGCAUGGCAUGA